CGUGGUGCCCGCCGUUGGAAGACUGUCCCGCUGGCUUGGUGAUAGCUCACGAGAACCACAUGCUGUGCCUGCUCCGUGCCAAGGCCAGCCCGCACCAGACCUCGGGUCUCAGUCCUCCAUGGAGUCCAGGCCCCAGCUGGAGCAGCAGGGCACGAAAUCGGCACCCAGAUGGUUCCUCCGCGUGAAGUUGCCUCAGGCUGUGGGCAGACGCCAGAACGCCUGGUAACUGGCCGGCCUGCCUCCCGGGGCAGGGCAGCAUGGUGCGGGUCCGGAGGAAGAAGCUCCUGGCCUCCUGCCUGUGCAUCACAGCGGCCAUCUUCCUGCUUGCCACACUCCAGGUCGCCAUCGAGCUGGGGAGGUUCCACAAGAAGAUGUUUAAGGUCUCCGGUUUGCAAGGUGGACUCACGGAAACAGGGGGAGGGCCUCGCCACCUCGAUGCCGUCCUGAGGAAAGAAGUGCUGACCUGGGACGGGCUCACGGAGUUGGGCCCUGAGAACGUCCCUGUCAUGCUCUGGUGGUCCCCCCUGACCGGGGACACCGGGAGGCUUGGCCAGUGUGGAGCCGAUGCGUGCUUCUUCACCAUCAACAGGACCUACCUGCACCACCCCAUGACCAAGGCCCUCCUCUUCUACGGUACUGACUUCAGCAUCAAUAGCCUGCCUCUGCCCCGGAAAGCACAUCACGACUGGGCCCUUUUCCACGAGGAGUCCCCGAAGAACAACUACAAGCUCUUCCACGAGCCGGUCAUCACCUUGUUCAACCACACGGCCACCUUCAGCCGGCACUCGCACCUGCCCCUCACCACCCAGUACCUGGAGGGCGUGCACGUCCUGCGGUCCCUGCGCUACCUCGUCCCUCUGCAGGCCAAGAACCACCUCAGGCGGACGCUCGCCCCGCUGGUGUACGUCCAGUCGGACUGCGACCCGCCGUCGGACAGGGACAGCUACGUCCGCGAGCUGAUGACCUACAUCGAGGUGGAUUCCUACGGCGCGUGCUUGCGGAACAGAGAGCUCCCUCUGCAGCUGCAGAAUCCCGCCUCCAUGGACGCCGACGGCUUCUACAGGAUCAUCGCACAGUACAAGUUCAUCCUGGCCUUCGAGAACGCCGUCUGCGACGACUACAUCACCGAGAAGCUGUGGAGGCCCCUGAAGCUGGGGGUGGUCCCUGUGUACUACGGGUCCCCCAGCGUCGCAGACUGGCUGCCAAGCAACAGGAGCGUCAUCCUCGUGUCCGAGUUCCCGCACCCCAGGGAGCUGGCGCGGUACAUCCGACGUCUGGACCAGGACGACCGGCUGUACGAGGCCUACGUGGAGUGGAAGUGGAAGGGCGAGAUCUCCAACCAGCGGCUUCUGAUGGCCCUGAGGGAGCGGCGCUGGGGCGUGCAGGAUGCCACCCAGGACAGCCACAUCGAUGCCUUCGAGUGCCUGGUGUGUCGCAAGGUGUGGGGCAACAUCAGGCUUCAGGAGCAGGGCUUGCCGCCCCGGAGGUGGAAGGCAGAAGCCGCCCACCUGCGCUGCCCGGAGCCCUCUGUGUUCGCGUUCUCCCCAGCGGCGGCUCCGCGGAGCUCCUGGCGGGAGCUGUGGGUGCCCAGCUUCCAGCAGUCCAAGCGAGAAGCCCAGGCCCUGCGCUGGCUGGUUGAUAGGAAUCAGAACUUCUCAGCCCGGGAGUUCUGGGCCUUGGUGUUCAAGGACUGAAGCCACUGAGCGUCAGAAGAGACUUCUGCAGACGUGUUCUGGGGUCGCCUUAGUGUUUGAUUCCACUGGCCGUUCACCCACUCUCCUGCAGGGCCAGGCGGCUUGUCCUGCCCACACCCCUGCAGGCGAGGUGACCCAUCCCUGCCCACUCCCCUGCAGGGCCAGGCGGCCCAUCCUGCCCACUCCCCUGCAGGCGAGGCAGCCUGCUGCAGGAUCCUGCCCAGUCCCAAAGACCAGAUGGGAAUCCCCCACUGGAAAAGCCUCUGUUUUUUAAUACUAAAAGAGUUUCUCACAGACACUGGGCCCUGCAGUUUCCAUGUCUGGCCCAUGGCCCUGCUCUCCCAGGAAAUCCACCUGCUGCUGCUCUCCCUGCUGCGGUGAGGCGGGGCG